GGCUUUCGGUCCCUGCCAAACGAGAACUACAGUACAUCGUGGGUUGCGGGUGAGCUUUUGCCGGGCUCGCGCCUCUUUCCUCUUCCUCUUUCGCCAGGCGUUGGCUGCACACGCCGGGCUGGGUACGCAGGGAGGGCUUGCAGCUUGCCAGGCGUUGACCGUGGUCAGCCAUCAUGGCGGUCGGCAAGAACAAGCGCAUCUCAAAGGGGAAGAAGGGUGGCAAGAAGAAAGUCUCCGACCCCUUCGCCAAGAAGGAUUGGUAUGACAUCAAGGCGCCGUCCGUCUUCUCCCAGAGGAAUGUUGGCAAGACCCUGGUGACGCGGACACAGGGAACAAAGAUUGCUUCCGACGGGUUGAAGGGCCGGGUGUUUGAGGUGUCGCUGGCGGACCUGAACAACGAUGAGGACCAGGCGUUCAGGAAGAUGAAGCUGCGGGCGGAGGACGUGCAGGGCAAGAACGUGCUCACCAACUUCUACGGCAUGGACUUCACGACCGACAAGCUGCGGUCGCUGGUGCGCAAGUGGCAGAGCCUCAUUGAGGCGAACGUGGACGUGAAGACGACCGACAACUACACGCUGCGUGUGUUUGCCAUUGCCUUCACCAAGAAGCGCCAGAACCAGAUCAAGCGGACGUGCUACGCGCAGACCGCCCAGAUUAGACAGAUCCGCAAGAAGAUGGUGGAGAUCAUCACGCGGGAGACGCAGAGCUGCGACCUGAAGGAGCUGGUCCAGAAGUUCAUCCCCGAGGUGAUUGGCAAGGAGAUCGAGAAGGCGACCGCCGGCAUCUACCCCCUGCAGAACACGUUCAUCCGCAAGGUCAAGAUCCUCAAGUCGCCCAAGUUCGACCUGGGCAAGCUCAUGGAGGUUCACGGAGAUUACUCGGAGGACACGGGGGCCAAGAUCGACCGGCCUGUCGGGGACGAGGCUGCUGCGGAGGGCGAGGCCGCCGAGCCUCAAGAAGUCGUCGGUGCAUAAGUGCAAACAACCGUUGUUUGUCAAGAAUUUUGGCACCUUUUCUGCUGACUUUGUGUACUCUCAUGUGUGGUGCAUCCAUUCAAUCCAAUGCGCGCUGCAUGCCGACGCGCAUGACGGCGACUCUGCGUGCUUGACUGGGG